AUGGCCACCUAUGAAAACAAUGGCAAUGAGAAUAGGAAUAAUGGGAAUAAUGCUAACAGAAGUAUUAGAGAAUUGGCUGCCCAUGAUGUGCAUUAUCAACCCUUGUGUGAAGAUCCACACAAGCAUCUGAAGGAGUUUCAUGUGGUAUGCUCCACCAUGAGGCCGCAAGGGGUUGAUGAAGAACAAAUCAAGCUAAGGGCAUUCCUUUUCUCUCUUGAUGGAGCCGCCAAAGACUGGCUGUAUUACUUGCCACCUGCUGCCAUUACCAAUUGGGAUGGCCUGAGGAGAAUAUUUUUGGAGAAGUUCUUCCCUGCUUCCAGAACAGCAGCCAUCCGGAAGGACAUUUGUGGCAUUCGACAGAUAGAUGGAGAAAGCUUGCAUGAGUAUUGGGAAAGAUUCAAGAAGCUGUACUUAGUGGAUGCUGCAUCUGGAGGAGCCUUAGUGGAAAAGACACCAGCUGCAGCCCGAGACUUAAUUUCAAAGAUGGCUCAAAAUGCACAACAAUUUGGUACCAGGUUGAACACUCCCAUGAAGCCUGUCAAUGAGGUUGGUUUUGCUGCACCUAUGGACCAAAGGAGAAUAGAAAAUAGGCUGGAGGAACUAACUUCAAUGGUUCGCCAGUUAGCCCUUGAUCGAAAUCAGCCCCAACAGGAUAACACAGAAUCAUGCAAUGGAAUCUUCCCUGGUAGACCAUUCCAGCAGCACAAUCAACCUUUCCAGCAGCAGCCACAACAUAAGUAUGAUCCAUACUCAGCCACAUAUAAUCCUGGAUGGAGGGAUCACCCAAAUUUCAGAUAUGGAGGGUCUUCAAACCAGUCAUUCCACCAGUAUCCAUACCAGAAUCACAACUUGCAGCAGCAACAAUUUCAGCAGCCACAAAGAGUAAAUCAUCCUCAAGCAUGCACUAAGUCUUAUGAUUUGAUUGAUGCAUUCCCCACUAUUCAUGACCUUCCAGAUUCCUUCAUCUGUCCUGAUUGUAGUAAUGAGAGUGAUCCAUGUGAUGCAUGUUCUGAGAUUGCUGCAUUUCUAGAUAAUCAUGAUUCUGAUAUUCAAAUUGAGCAUGCACAAUCUGAUUCUUAUACUUCUCAUGGGGAGGAUAGUGUUUCUGCUAACCAUGUUGAACAGGUAGACAGUACCCUUGAGAUAAAGGCAAGCGGGUUAGUCCCUUCAUUGCAGCAGCCACCAUCCCUUGAGUGCAAGCCUUUGCCCGAGCAUCUCAAGUAUGCCUUCUUGGAGGAUGGCGAGAAGCUGCCAGUCAUCAUCGCCAAUAACUUGCAACCUGACCAAGAGAAAAGGUUAUUGGAUGUGCUGAAGAGGAACAAGCAGGCCAUCGGCUGGACAUUGGCAGACAUACCUGGGAUUAGCCCUUCCAUAUGCAUGCAUAGGAUUCAUCUAGAUGAAGGAGCUAAACCUGUGAGACAGCCCCAAAGGAGACUCAACCCCACCAUCUUGGAUGUGGUAAAGAAAGAGGUAAGUAAACUACUCUCAGUUGGUAUCAUUUAUCCUAUCUCUGAUAGCCAGUGGGUGAGUCCAAUGCAGGUAGUUCCCAAGAAGACGGGCAUCACAGUGGUGCCUAAUGAGAAGAAUGAGCUUGUUCCGAUGCGAGUACAAAAUAGUUGGAGAGUGUGCAUUGAUUACAGGAGACUCAACCUCGCCACGAAGAAGGAUCACUUCUCUCUCCCAUUUAUUGACCAAAUGUUGGAGCGGCUGGCAGGUAAGUCACACUAUUGUUUUCUUGAUGGCUUCUCUGGAUAUUUUCAGAUUUGCAUAGCACCGGAGGAUCAGGAAAAGACCACUUUCACCUGCGCCUUCGGCACAUUUGCCUAUAGGAGGAUGCCAUUUGGUCUUUGCAAGGCUCCAGGUACAUUUCAAAGGUGCAUGGUAAGUAUCUUCUCCGACCUUCUUGAGCAUUACAUGGAGGUGUUCAUGGACGAUUUCUCUGUGUAUGGGACCUCCUUUGAUGACUGCUUGGUUAGCUUGGGUAAAGUUUUGGAAAGGUGUGUUGAGAAAAACCUUGUUUUGAAUUAUGAAAAAUGUCACUUCAUGGUUGAGCAGGGCAUAGUCUUAGGUCAUGUGAUCUCCAAACAAGGUAUAGCAGUCGAUAGUGCCAAGGUGGAUGUCAUUGCUUCUUUACCUUACCCCGCGUCUGUGCGGGAAGUUUGCUCUUUCCUUGGCCAUGCAGGGUUUUACAGGAGGUUCAUCCAAGACUUCAGUAAGAUUGCAAUUCCAUUAUCCCACCUCUUCCAAAAGGAUGUGGAUUUCAAGUUUGAUGAACAAUGCAAGCGAGCCUUCGAGGAACUUAAGAGGUGA